AUGAAUGAUGCUAUGGCUGUCCUCCCUAAGCUCUCCACUGGUUUGGAUGUAAAUGUCCGUUUCACAGGUGUUGGAGACUUUGAGUACACGCCGGAGUGUAUUGUGUUCGACCUGUUGGAUGUACCCCUGUAUCACGGCUGGCUCGUUGACCCCCAGAGCUAUGAAGUGAUACAUGCAAUCGGGAGAUGCAGCUAUAACCAGCUCGUGGAAAAGAUCAUCUCUUCGAAACACUCCACAGACAGCGGGCUGGUCAGUGAAGGCCUCGUAGCCGAGCAGUUCCUGGACGCCACGGCCACCCAGCUGACCUAUCACGGCCUCUGCGAACUGACAGCCGCGGCCAAGGAGGACGAGCUCUGCGUCUUCUUCAGAAACAAUCACUUCAGCACAAUGAUUAAACAUAAGGGCCACCUGUACCUGCUGGUGACUGACCAGGGCUUCCUGUCCGAGCAGAAGGUGGUGUGGGAGAGCCUGCACAACGUGGAGGGAGACGGCAACUUCUGCGACUCUGAAUUCUGCCUCAGCCACCCCUCGGGCAGACAGCUGUCUUACACCGGCGCCCGGGCCCCGCAGGAGCAGAUCGACCAGGAUUAUAUGGUAGCUCUGUCACUGCAGCAGCAGCAACAGGCCCCGGGAGACAUCAGUGACGUGGAGCUUGCUAAGAGACUGCAGGAGGAGGAGGACCAGCAAGCGCUGCAGUACCUUCAGCAACAGGAACAUGACGCUCAGCUGCAGGCACCCCCAGGGCGCCCGGCAGCGGGCGCUGGACGGCCGGGCGUGGGCGCUGGACGGCAGGCAGCGGGCGAGCGGAGGCCGCAGCGGGAGGAGAAGACGGGCAAGGACUGCGCCAUCCUGUGAGCCGCCAUCUAUCUCGCUGGGGCGGCAGUGGCUCGGUGGGGGGGGUUUGGUAUCGUCUCUCUCGGCCUGCGGGCUGCUCCUCCGCUAGACCCUACUCCGCUGGCCAGACACCUCCCCCUCCCCCUCAACCCGCAGCGACGCAACACUACAAGCACCCCCUUCCCCCGACCCUGCCCUGCCACCGCCUCCCCACCACAAGUUGAAGAAGAGGUUGUUUUGUUUUGAGUGUGUGCCCGUCCCCCCUCUCACUGGGACGUCGGACAUGAUAUUUGCCAACUUUAAGCUCGGCCUAUCCCUGCUCUACCCCCGUCACCUUAAAAACAACCCCCCACCUUCUCUCCAAGUCCUGUGCCCCUCCCCCACUCGCUCCCCUCACCCUCGCCCCCUUCGACCCCUCGCCCCACUUCGACCCUUCGCCCCCUCACUCCCUCGCGCCCCCCCCCACUUCAACCCCUCAUUCUCUCGUCCCCUCGUUCACGUGCCCCGGAGAUUAACCGUCCGUUCCGGCACCAUCCAGGAUCGUCGGCGUUUCUCCCUUCCCCGUGAAGUUUAGGUGGUCCGUUUUCCGCUUCGGUCACCGCCCGGCACAUUCCAAAAUGGCCGCCUCCUCCCCUCUGUUGGCGUCUCUGGUGUGAGGAUGAGGUGCAGAUCGUUCAUUCGGAGAGCGAGGGGGGCGUUGGGGGAGGUGGGGGGGGGGGGGGGGGGGGGGGGAGUUAAAUGAGGCUAAUCUCACACCUCUCACCCCCACCCCGCCCCGCAUUCGUGCCAAAGCGAGAGGUGAAACAAUUGGGUGCCUUUGGCGAGGGAGCAGCGGCCUGAGAGGGGCCUUGUUGGGGGGGUGGGGUUCAGGGGUCACGGGUUCCGACUCUCCCCACCGCCCCAACUACCGUGCAGCAGCAAGCGCGCAGCCACCAGGCCCGGGAGGGGAAUUGGCGAGACCUACAACCCGCUUCCGAUGCGGAGACGGAAUGAUCCGGAAGGUCCGGGGCUCCUGUCCCCCUGCGCAGGACCCCGCUACAGAUCUUCAGCCGAGAGGGGAGUGGGAAUCUGGAACUCUUCUCUCCCCUGAAAAGGUCGGGGGUGAGGGUGGGGGGGUUUGUUGGGGGAGGGGGCUCACUUGGAAAUUGCCUGAGAGAUGGAUGGAGUUUUGUUGGGCCGGGGGCGGGUUGAGGGUUACUGAACCAAGGCGGUUAGAUGGCGUUAAAAUACUGGUCAGCUCUGAUUUGGUUUGAAUAGAGGGGCUGAAUGGCCUCCUCCUGUCCCUAUGUAACAGGCCCAAGAGGAGCUGAAUGGCCUCCUCCUGCUCCUAUGUAACAGGCCCAAGAGGGGCUGAAUGGCCAUCUCCUUUCCCUAUGUAACAGACCUGGGAGGGGCUGAAUGGCCUCUCCCUGUUCCCAUGUAACCAGCCCGCCAUAGGUUUAAGGGUCUCUUCCUUUGCUGCUGUAACAGGCCCUGGAGGGGCUGAAUGGCCUCCUCCUGUCCCUGUGUAACAGGCCCGAUUAGGGGCUGAAUGGCCUUCUCUGUUCCCCCACCCGCCCUCUCUCAGGGGUCGGUGAUGAUUUCUGUUGGUUAAAGUGCACAGGAGAUGCUGUACGUGGCUGGCCGGUCUACCCUCAAGAUAUUGUCUCAAAGCAGAGAUUCCUCGCCUGUCCACCCUUACAGCCCACCGUCCAACUCUCCCUUUCCCCCUCGCUCGCUCUGUCCGCCAGACUGCUCAUACUGCACAGGUUUCCCAACUAGAAUUGCCUUUUGGAACCACGCGAGUGUUCACUUUAUGUUUGCCUAAAGAUCCUGGGUUUGGUUUUGCCAGAUAAUGUGUAUGUGUAUAUAACUACAAUAAACCUGCUGGGUCUAAUCGA